GCUGAAGCAAAAUUCGGGUGCUUCUCGCGCACCGUAUCAUCAUCAAAUCCUUCUCCGUUACUUUCUUCGGCGGCGAAUCACCCUCUUCCUUACCGGCGAUCUAGUUUCCGGCGAUCAAUUCAGAUUUUUUUCAGCUAAAGGUUUGAUUUUUCGAAAUUCGAAUUUCUGGGGAAGGUAGAACUCGCACUCGCACUUGCUCAAGGACGAAAAAAUGUCAUAUGAAAGCAAAGGUUUUUGGGUUAUGAAGAACAAUGAGCAUACAAGUGAGGAUGAUUCAGUGUAUGAUCAGUCGACAAGAGAUGAUUCAAAGCGUCCUCAUCCUUGGUUUGUUGAUUCUUCUCGCUCUGAGAUGUUCCCAAACAAGAAACAAGCUGUGCAAGAUCCAGUAGGAGGAUUAGGAAAAUCAAAUGUAGGUCUUCCUUUGUGGGAAAGCUCAUCGGUUUUUCAAUCUGUUUCUAACCAGUUCAUGGAUCGGCUUCUUGGAGCUGAAAUGCCGCCAAGACCACUUUUGUUUGGUGAUAGAGAUAGAACGGAAGGUUGUAGCCACCACCACCAGACUAAGAGUAUAGCUGAGAGUUAUAUGGAAGAUACUUCUGUUGAAUUGUCGAUAUCUAAUGGUGUGGAGGUUGCUGGGAGUUCUUUUGGUGGUGAUGGAAUUAGAAAACUUCCGGUUAGUCGGGUUAAGGAAACUAUGAGUACACAUGUUGCUUUAGACGGUCAUAAUCAAAGGAAAAUCGAGUCAUCUUCUAUACAAGCUUGUAGCCGGGAAAACGAAAGUAGCUUUAUAAAUUUUGCACUGGCGGGUCAUCCUUAUGGCAAUGAGGACUCUCAUGGGAUCACAUUUGGUGAAAUAAACGAUGAACAUGGUGUUGGCUCCACUUCCAAUGUGGUUGGAAACUAUCAAUCAUAUGUUCAAGACCCAAUUGGAACAUUGGAUAUUGUUUAUGGCCAAGAAACUGGGAGUUCACAGACCAGCAGCGGAGUUGUAAGCGAACAACAAGUUGCUAAACCGAGUUUGGAACCAGUUCCAAAGAACAAAGCAGAGACCAAGUCAUCAAAGAAGGAAGCUUCCACAAGCUUUCCUUCAAACGUCAGAAGCUUAAUAUCAACCGGUAUGCUCGAUGGCGUUCCUGUGACGUAUGUUUCUAUCUCACGUGAGGAGCUUCGAGGAGUCAUCAAAGGAUCAGGUUAUCUUUGCGGAUGUCAAACUUGUGAAUUCACAAAGGUGCUUAACGCGUAUGCAUUCGAGAGGCACGCUGGAUGUAAAACAAAGCAUCCAAACAAUCAUAUUUACUUUGAAAACGGGAAGACGAUUUAUCAGAUAGUUCAGGAACUGAGGAACACUCCAGAGAGUAUACUGUUUGAUGUGAUUCAGACUGUAUUUGGUUCUCCUAUCAACCAGAAAGCAUUUCGCAUCUGGAAAGAAUCAUUCCAAGCGGCGACUAGGGAACUUCAGCGGAUCUAUGGCAAAGAAGAGCGCUCCUUUUGAAUGUAUAAUAUUUUGUGGAAAAUUGUAAGGUUAUUAGCAUUUUUGCUGGAUCUUAAUUUUAUCAACUUUUGUUUUUUGCAUAAUUGUGUAUAAAGGGAGAAGCUUGAAGAAUUGAUGAUGUAACAGCGAAUGCAAAAGAUAAGAAGAGACUUGAAGAGUUGUGUAAAGGAUUAAUAAUUCAGCUUA